GUGAUGGAACCUCCCGACUGUUAUCCCGAACUGUCUAAGGCUGUGAGUGUCUAGUACGAUCUGGCGACGAAGGACGACGCUGUCGCCGAUCUCAGUGAAGAUGACGAUGCCCUGCUGGUAUUUCGACAAGAAAGAACUGCGGAACACGCCAUCCGCCUCCGACGGGAUCGACUACGAGACGGAACUGCGCUACAGACGAGAAGGCGCACGAUUCAUCAUCGACACGGGCACCAAAAUGGACCUCGGCUGCAACACGAUCGCCACCGGCGUCGUCUACUUUCACAGGUUCUACAUGUUCCACUCGUUCAGGAACUUCCCGAGAUACGUUACUGCCUCGUGUUGUCUUUUCCUGGCUGGGAAAGUCGAGGAAACACCAAAAAAAUGCUGGGAUAUUAUAAGGACUGCUAAAAGUUUUCUAAGUGACCAGAAAUUUGCAACAUUUGGAGACGACCCGAAGGAGGAGGUGAUGACUUUAGAACGAAUUUUAUUGCAAACUAUCAAAUUUGAUCUCCAGGUUGAGCAUCCUUACCAUUUCUUGCUCAAAUACGCCAAAUGCCUGAAAGGUGAUAAGACUAAACUCCAGAAAAUGGUUCAGAUGGCAUGGACCUUUGUAAACGACAGUUUGUGCACAACUCUUUGCCUACAAUGGGAGCCAGAGAUAAUAGCCGUCGCGCUCAUGUACCUUGCUGGCAAAUUGAGCAAGUUUGAAGCGCUUGAUUGGUCUGGUCGCCAGCCAAAACAUUUGCGAUGGUGGGACAUGUUUAUCGAGGAUGUUACCAUGGAUCUCCUCGAAGAUAUCUGCCACCAAGUACUUGACCUAUACUCUCAGCCUCAGAUGUCGAACCAGCCGGAUUCGCCACCGAAUUCCGCCAGAAGUGCUCCAGCAGAGCCAACGGUUGAACAUUCACCGAAUAGCAUUGCAGCCAUGCAUCCGAUACCGACGAUUACUUCAGUAAAAGUGCCAUUGAAGCAAGAGAUAAAGUUACAUCCCAAUGGUGAAGUGGCCAAAGUUGUUGAAGUGCUUAAACCACCACCUCCACCGAUGCCGAUUGACCCAGCGUUCCAGUACCCUCCGCCUUAUCCCCCUGCGCCUCCAGCACCUCCUGUUCAACUAUAUCCUCCCACUUACCCUCCACCCCCUGCGGCCGCAGCUUUCCCGGCAACAUUCUUUCCACCUCCUGUAUAAAACAGACUUAAAAGACUUGUGUUAUUUUGUAUAUUGUUUAUAAAGUUGUAAAUAACCUAUUAAAAAUUAUUUUUCUCAA